AUGGACGAAGAAGAGGAUGACUUCUAUGAUCCCGUCGACGCAGUGCCGACAACACAAUCGCUGAACCACACACAAAAUGCCGCUCCAGGCCAACCGCAGGAGAGCAAUUACAUGGAAGACGGCGAUGAGAUAGAAGAGGAAGAGGAAGAUGAUGAUGACUUCAAUAUUAUCACAGAAGCACCCGAAGGCGCACCAGCUCCCGAAGCCUCUCACCCGCGCCAUGCAAGCUUACGACAAGAACCACAACGGCCGUCCUCCGCGGACUCGUCGGUUCUAACAAGGUCCGCGACGCCAUCCGCGACUCCUCGACAUGAAACUGCGACUCCGAUUCCUGGACACCCAGCCGCAGCCGGAGCCGCAACUGCAAGACCCUCCUCAGAAAAGCCAGGCUCGGCCUAUCCAGCUAUUCACAGCUCCACUAUAGACGUCAAUGCAAACCCCAUCCACCCCAUGACAGGGAAGCCGAUCAUGUCCACGGACAUGGAUGCUGACUUCCCAUCCGACGACAAGCCCUGGCGCCGACCCGGGUCAGAUCUUUCCGACUACUUCAACUACGGAUUCGAUGAGUUCACAUGGGCAGGAUACUGUCUCAAACAACAAGGUGUGAGACAGGAAGUUGGCAGUCAGAAGAGACAGAUGGACGAUAUGCAGGCCUUCAUGGGCAUGGGAAUGCCCCCGAUGCCUAGUGCACCGGGCCCCGCUGCUCCGGCUACUGCUGCGCCGCCCAUGGCUGGCAUGCCCGGUAUGCCGGAUAUGAACCCAGAUAUGAUGCAGGGCAUGCUGGCCAACAUGAUGUCCCAAGGCUUGGACCCGUCUAAUAUGGAUCCCAUGGCUUUCAUGCAGCACGCUCAGUCCAUGAUUCCCGGUGGUGGUCAGCAGAGUCAGCCUGGCUUUGGAGGCCAGCCCCAGGGUCAAGGCUUCAACCAAGGCGGCCAGGGCCAAAUGGGCUACGGCGGAUACGAUCAACGUGGAGGUUACGGGGGCCGAGGACGUGGCCGAAGAUGGUAG